AUGGUUCCGGAUAUCUCCAAAUUCAAGACAGACAUCUGGCAGAUCUGCUAUUCGCAAUCCCAGAAGUUCCAAGAGCUUGGCUUCACCAACAACCCCUACACCAAAGGUGGAGAAAGAGAGAAUUGGGACCCUCUUUCAGGUGAGGAACGUAGACCCAAGACCAACCAUAUGUAUAGCCAACCCAGCCAUUACUCGAGCAACAGCCACAACUACCAUUCCAGUCAGGGGGAAAACCCUCAUCAAACCAAUCACCAAGAGAUGCGAGGAGACACAAGUUCCCUCAGAAACUCUGGAAACCCAAGCUCAGGUUUUUGA